CUCAAGAUCCAUCCACUCUGCCCACCUGACCUUCACUCAGGAGGAGGCGAGCUUCUGAAAACGUCUGCAUCCGCAUCAGGCGCAGGUGGAGGUGGAGCAGCCUUCUGCCGGCUCCACCGGGUCCUCUGACCGCGAGGCUUUGUUGGACCUGGAGGUUUUCUACACUUUGCUGUGAUUGGCCUCUCUCUCUCUCUUUCCCUCUCUCACCCUCUCUCACCCACCCACCCCCACAGACCCUUUGAUUUAACUGUAUCGCUCCUGUUGUCCUCCCUCUGCUCUUCUUUUCAGUGAGAGAAAUGCCCUCUUGUCAUGUUUCGGGUGAUGAACUAAUUUGACUGACAGGAGGCCCACUGCUCCAACGUGAUGCUGCCACUCUGUGGCCGGAUAGCAAACUCCAGUCUGAUAAAUGGAAGAGACCAAUUAAAUGCAACUACGUGAUAAAUAAGUCCCCUGAAAACUCUUCAAUAACAUUGGUUAUUUGUCUUUAAAACAAUUAAGUUUGACAAAAAAACUCUUUCAUUAAAAAAUGAUGAUUAAAAGUGUGUUAAAUAGCAUGUUAAGCAAAUUAUACUUGUUACAAAGAAAAAUCUCUGACCUGUAAAAAAAUCAUAAGAAGGAUAAAAAGUGAGAUUGUGUUGUGUUAAGCGACCAGCCACUGAAAUGUCGUCAUCAUUAAAGAUUAUUUCUUUCUUUCUUUCUUUCUUGUGCAUGGCUGCAAAUAAUAAUAACCAACAAAGACAAUAACACUCAGCUGAAGCCGACCGAGCGGAGAUUGGAUCUCUUCUGCUACAUGAAUUCCCAGUAAACGACAUUGUGUCACGAAAGAAAAGCGCACGCUUUCCUUGUAAAUUCUGGUAAUUCAAGCUACAGAAUAGCGUCACUAAAUUGAAGGCAGCGAUGAAAUACGAGUCCAGAAAACGUAAUUUAAUUCCGUCGUGCGAUGUAGAUUAUUGGGGGCUCAAGAUUCUUGGAUUUUCUCACACCUGCAAAAUGUCCUGCAUCUUCCUUCGAGGCUCAGGUUGCGUUGCAGGUUUUUGUUUUUCUGACGUUUCCUGGUCCAGAGUUACGGAAAGGAAGGAGGUUAAAAGAAAAAGGUUAUCAAUUUACCUAUCCAGGGGAAAUGUAAUACAGCAACAAACACCGAACGCUGCAGCAAACAACCCUCAAACAAUGCCAGGCGUUACUUGUAUAAAGCCUGGCACAGCGCAGGGUUCUCACACCGAUGAAGGGCCGCAGGAGCUAAAGAAGAGUAAGUCCAUUGUUACGUGAGGAAAGCUUUGAUGCUUUGGAGAAUGGUGUCCCUUGUGUGGCCUGUGCUUGCUUUGGUCACGAUAAGUACGGUUACUUCUCAGAAUUCAGGACCCCUCUACCCAAUUGUUGGAUUAAGAAGCGGAAACUCAGAUGAUGGAAGUUCUCCCCAAAUUCUCCUGCAACGACCUUUUCCGUAUUUUGGACAUUCAUAUGAUCAGAUUUAUGUAAACCAUAAUGGACAUCUGACCUUUGACACACCUUGGAGUAGCUACGUACCUCAACCGUUUCCACUGUAUGGAUCCAGGGACAUCAUUGCUCCAUUCUGGACUGAUUUAGACAACAGAAUAAAUGGUCAGGUCUACUACAACCAAUACACCAGCAGCAGCAUCCUCCUCCAACAAGCUACGCGAGACAUUCGUCGCUACUUCCCAGAAUUGAGCUUCAGUGCCGAAUGGGUGUUUGUUGCAACAUGGAACGAGGUGGCUUACUAUCCCAACUCUGGAACCCAAACAACGUUUCAAGCAGUCUUGAUCUCUGGCGGCCAGUACUCAUUUGUGCUGAUGAAUUAUGGGAUAAUAGCCCCAACACGUUCCAAUAUACAGGCUGGCUAUGACACAAUGAACUCCACUCACCAUUUCACCAUCCCUGGAUCUUUUUCUACCGCGGCAUCAGGCAAUGACGCAAAUUUCCGCCUGAGGAGCAAUGUCCAUGUACCCGGUCGUUGGGCUUUCCGGACCGAUGAUGGAUCAAGAGGCUGUAUUUACAGGGGUGAAACAGUGCAGCUGGGUGACUCAUUCUGGAGUGACCGUACCUGUGCGCAGAAGUGCACCUGCACCUCAUCAGGCCUGCAGUGUCACAGCAAAAGCUGCUCCUUUUCCCAAAUCUGUCAACCCGCUGCCUUUCAGUUCUCCUGCCAGACUGUGCAGAGAGGCUCCUGCAGCAUAAGUGGUGAUCCACAUUACUAUACCUUUGAUCAAACAGUCUUCCACUUCCAAGGCACCUGCACUUACGUUCUCUCUGAGCAAUGUGGUCGUGGGUUGCCCUACUACAGAGUAGAGGGCAAGAAUGAGCAUCGGGGCAGCACCCAGGUUUCCUGGACACGACUGGUUAAAGUGUUUGUCUCUAAUGAAUCCAUUGAGCUUGUCAAGGGACGUCGCGGUGCAGUUAAGGUUAAUGGCAUCUUUGCAGACACUCCAUUCUAUCUCAACAACGGCACGAUACAGGUUUAUGAGUCCGGGUUUUCUGUGAUCGUCAGUACUGACUUUGGCUUGGAGGUGUCUUAUGACACAAAUCAUUAUGUGAAGAUCAGUGUGCCCUACACGUACCAGAAUGCAACAUGUGGCCUGUGUGGAAACUUCAACAAUGAUGGCAGGGAUGACUUCAUAACCAGACAAGGAGUAAAUGUAAACUCGGCUGUGGUCUUUGCCAACAGCUGGCAAGUAUCAGGAGCGGACGAGCCUGGUUGUGAGGCGCGGUGUGGAGGUCUGAGCUGUGCUACCUGUACUGCGGCUCAGACUGCUUUAUACAGCAACACUGCCCAUUGCGGUAUCCUCCAAAAUAGCUCUGGACCUUUUGCUGCUUGCCACGACACACUUUCCCCACAGCGCUUUGUGCAAAGCUGUGUGUAUGAUAUGUGUGUAGGAGAAGGAUAUCAACCCAUUCUGUGCCAAGCUCUGAAUGUGUACGCAAGACAGUGUCAACAGAACGGUAUACAGCUGCCAAGCUGGAGGAGACAAGACUUUUGUGAGAUCCAAUGUCCUGCCAACAGCCACUUUGAGCCCCAAGGGACCGCAUGUCCAGCUACCUGCGUCAACCAAAAUUCUACCCAAGGCUGCCCUCUUCCUGUCCAAGAGAGCUGCCUCUGCAAUUCAGGCUACAUCCUUAGUGCUGGAAUCUGCAUCCCUCAUGCUGAGUGUGGCUGCCGCUUUGAGGGUAGCUACUACUGCUCGGGAGUAACUGUAAUACUAGACGAGGACUGUCGGAGGCGUUGUACCUGCAGUUAUGGCUCCAUGACUUGCCGCCCCCAUGGUUGUGGCCCACUUGAAUCAUGCAGGGUGGAGGAGGGAGAAAGAGGAUGCAGACCCAACAGCUAUGGCACAUGCUGGAUGAAAGGCCCAGGGUCAUAUUACACGUUUGAUGGAUUGACGUACCAGUAUCCCGGCGCGUGCCGAUUGACCCUUGCCAAAGUAAUGGGAUUGUCUAGUUACCCACAUUUUGCGGUGACAGCAGAGAAACUGCCUGCAGGCCAGCAGGGGUUUUCUAGGCUGCUAAAGUUUGAGGCUAUGGGAAUACAGGUGUCCAUUGAGAUGGCAAGUAGCAGCAGAGUGAUGGUUGAUGGACAGCAGAUAAGACUACCAUUCAGCUCGGCAUCCAACCAAAUCCAAAUCUACCACAGCAGCAUUCACAGCAUCAUGCUUCGCACGUCCUUUGGUGUAACUAUACAGAGCAUUUGGCCUCACUUUGUGCGUGUCACCGCUCCUGGUAUCUACAACGGUUCAUUAGGUGGACUCUGUGGAAACUACAAUGGACAGCCUCAUGACGACUUCCGCACACCCAAUGGAAUUCUGGUAAACAGCUCUCAGGGCUUUGGGGACAGUUGGCGGGACGGCUCCCUCUCUGCACACUGUGUGGAAAGAGUGAAUAAUAACUCUACAACCAAUUACAAUUCUAGUGAGUAUUGUGGCAUUCUUGGUUCCCCACAUGGGCCGUUUGCCCAAUGCUGGGCCAUGGGGAGCUCCCAGCAGCACGUGGAUGCCUGUGGGGAGAUCAUUAGAGCCUCUAGAGAUCCAGCAUCAGCGCUAUGUGAGGUCCUACGAGAUUACGCACUAAUGUGUCAACAGAAGGGAAUUGCCGUUGGACAUUGGAGGAAUGCAACUCACUGUGAGCAAAACUGCCCCCAAAACAGCCACCCAGAAGUCUGUGGAAGCUCCUGUCCUUCCACCUGCCCCAGCCUCUCCUUCCCUUUCGUCUGUGACACCGUGUGCCAGGAUGGGUGUCAGUGUGAUGAUGGGUUUGUCAUCGACGGCAACCGGUGUGUGCGACCUACAGCCUGCGGAUGCUAUCACCAAGGACGCUAUCGGCAGGGAGGCGAGCAGUUCUGGGAUGGGGAAGAGUGUCAGAGUUUGUGUACCUGUAGAGGCACAACUGGGCUAGUCCACUGUAUCGCCAACGCCUGUGGUCCCCAGGAGUCCUGCCGUGUGGUGGAGGGUGAGUUUGGCUGCCAUCCCGACCCUCAUGGCACAUGCUCUGCCUCUGGUGACCCGCACUACCUCACCUUUGAUCGCAAGGCCUAUGACUUCCAGGGCACCUGCCGCUAUGUUUUGGCGACUGUCUGUAAUGACACUGAUGGGCUUCACCAAUUUUCUGUGGAAGCUAAGAAUGAGCCAGUUAACGGGUGGCCAGUUUCAGUGACGGCAGAAGUUUUUGUGAAUGUGGCUGGCUAUCGUGUGCAUAUGUCGAGGGAGAGCCAAGGUGUGGUACAGGUGAACGGAGUAACUAAAAACUUACCUAUCCUCCUGAAUGGAAGUCACGUUUCUAUCCACGCUAGUGGAUUUCGCACAUACGUCAGUGCCGAUUUUGGCCUGAGUGUCAUGUACGAUGGAUGGUAUACAGUGUCUGUCUCUGUACCUCCAAGUUACAGAGGAAAAACACGUGGACUUUGUGGUAACUUCAAUGGCAAUCCAAAUGAUGACUUCCACACCCAAUCUGGGAUGAUGGUUACCACUCCACAGGAGUUUGGGACCGCCUGGAAGGUGGCAGGCAACUACACCUGCAGCGAUGGGUGUGGCUCCUCCUGUCCACAAUGCACCAAUGAGCGACCUGCCAGAGCCCGAUGUGACGUGAUUCAGGCAUCUGACGGCCCCUUAAGCUUCUGUCAUGAGCUGGUGAACCCAGCGCCAUAUUUCAGUAACUGUGUGUUUGAUGUUUGUGCUUCGCGAAGUGAAGACCAAGACCUUCUGUGCAGAGCCAUUGAUUCAUACGUCAGUGCCUGUCAGUCCGCGAAUGUUCAAAUCUACCCUUGGAGACAGAACACCACCUGCAGACUCGACUGUCCCGCAAACAGCCAUUACGAGCUGUGUGGCAUUGACUGUGGACACACCUGUGCCAGCAGCGUUGAUGCCAUCUGUGAGCCGGUUUGCUCUGAGGGAUGUUUCUGUGAUGAAGGUUUUCUCCGGAGCGGGACAAAAUGUGUCCCCGUGGAAAGCUGUGGCUGUCUAUACGACGGGUUCUACUAUAAUGCUGGUGAGUCCUUCUGGACCGAGCGGUGCUCCCAGCGAUGUGAAUGCCACGCUCCCAAUGACCUUCGCUGUUCUGCCGCGUCUUGCACUAAUGCACAAGGGUGCACCAUCAGAAAUGGCCAGCUGGGCUGUUUUGACCAUAUGUCUACGUGCACUGUGUGGGGCGACCCACACUACGUCACCUUUGAUGGGGUACUGGCCCAUUUCCAGGGCACAUGCUCGUACAUCAUAACUGAGAGUGUGAACCACGGAAUGAAUGAAACACAGUUUCAAGUAGUCGCCACCAACAAUCAUCGUGGCAGCAAACGUGUGUCGUUUGUGUCAGCAGUGGAUGUUUACCUCUCACAUCAAUCAGAGGAAGUGCAUGUAUGGAUUGGACCCAAUAAAAGAGUAAAGGUAAAUGGAGGUGAGGUGUCUCUUCCCACCACUGUUGGAACUUUAGCUCAGCUAGUAAGACAAGGAAGUUACAUCGUGGUUGAGGCUAUGGACUUGAGAGUUCACUUUGACGGCCAAAGCACCUUACUGGUCCGAGUGGACCAGUACCGUCAGAAUCGAGUCACAGGCAUGUGUGGAAACCUCAACAGGGAUCCUUCGGAUGACAAAGUUUUGUCCAAUGGCACAUUGGCACAAAAUGACAAUCAGUUUGGACACAGCUGGAAGUCAUCGACAAGCCAACCAGGAUGUGGAUCCACUGAUGAAGACAGUGGGGACGGAUUGAGCGACUGUCUCUUUCUGCAAGAAUACUCAGAGCUCUGUAGUGUCAUCACCAACAGUAGCGGUCCCUUCGGUGCCUGUCACGUGCAAUCUGACCCACAGCCAUUUUUCGGUUCCUGCGUCUAUGACCUCUGCCUUUACACUCCAGCCAAUGGCAUGCUGUGUUCUGCAGUCUCCGCCUACGAGAGAACCUGCUCUGUUCUGGGGUUAAGCGUCCCUGAAUGGCGCUCUGCUUUGCUGUGUGCUGAGUCGGACCCCUGUGAGCAGCUGAACUGCACAGAGUACGAGUGGUGUGGUGAGAAGGACGGUGUGUACGGCUGCUUCUGUGAUGAGCGCCACCAUCGUUCCAACAACGAGAGCUACGACUCGUCCAUCACUUGUGACAGUAGCUCGGCCACCAUGUCCGUGUCGCGCUGCCAACUCUUUGAAGACGGAUUCCCCUCCAGCGCCCUCCACCUCCGAGAUGCCACGUGCAACGGGACUCUGCAGGGCGGACGACUGGUGUUCCAAUUCGACAAUAAAGACCAGCUUUGUGGGACAGCUCUCACGAGCAACGGAACCCAUUUCCUCUAUAAGAACAGCAUCCAGGGCGACGUGGACCCUCGUAAAGGUCUAAUCAGCCGCCAGAGGAAAAUUCAGUUGGGUUUCUGCUGUGAAUACCCUCUAAACCACUCUGUGUCCAUGAAUGUGGACAUCAACCCCGUAGAGAGCAUUGUGAGGAAGAAGCUUCCGUCGGGCCAUGGACAGUAUCAUGUGAGAAUGAUCCCCUACCAGGACGCUGGCUUUCACUUCCCCCUGGCCAGUAACGGGAGCAUAGACAUGGAAAUCGACAAAAGGAUGUAUGUGGAGAUUCGGACAGAAGGAGUCGAUGAAAGCCAGAUCUCCACCCUUGUGGACUCUUGUUGGGCCACGCCAGUCGACAUGAAGAGCUACCCUGUCCGCUGGGAUCUCAUAAGCGCAGCGUGUCCGAACCCAACCGAUGGUACGGUAGAGCUGCUUGCUAACGGCAUCUCCACCGUGGCCCGAUUCUCCUUUAGGAUGUUCACCUUCAUCAACUUCUCAUCCAUCCACCUGCACUGCCAGGUCCACCAGUGUCUUCUGAGGGAUGGCGACUGCACAGCUGACUGCCAGCCUGGCGACCACAAGCGAGCGCGGAGGGAGGUGUCCCAGGAUGCCAUCACGGGCAUCUCGCUCGGACCCCUCACCCAGGCGCCACACGGGAAAGCCAGAAUGGUGAAUCCGAGCAGCGCCUGAGGCCAGUUGGCCCCCUGGUGACGCUGCUCGUCGUUUUGCUGGCAGCCAAAUCUCUGGUGAAAUAUGAUCCAUAGACUAAAACCAAUCAACAUAGAUUUUCUUUUGCAUCGUAUUUUAUUUUCCUGGUCUCGUAUGCUGUCUUUGUGGUCAGGUGAUUGAGGUAAUUUUGCUUUGUAACGCUAGAGGACGCCGACGUGCAACAUUCUGAAGCUCAAGUCACCUUCCAUAUAAGAUGUUGAUGGGGUGUAUCCUUAGUGUCUUUAACGAUGUUCUUAUCAUAGAUUUCUAUCAUAUAAAAAGUAACAAAGCAUGUAUAAUGAAGGUGAAACGUAUAAAAGAAGUUUCUCAAUGCACAAAGUAUGGAUCUCAUUUGUUACCAUGGAACUUUCACACUCACAUAGAGGGUUUUGUGGUUGCUGUAAGCUGUUAUUUAAUACUGGGUCAUGGCUUAAUACCUGCGUACCACUAAUGCAUUUUACUAUUACAAAGGACUAACGUUUAAUGAAAUUCAAGAUGUUUUUAAAUCUGAACAUGAGGUUUUAAAUUUCCCUUAUUGACUAAAUACAAUUGGACUAGCCGCCACACACAGUUGAAAUCUUUUUGUUGAGAAAAUCCAACAAUAAAUUGAGGGUAUUGCUAUCGUGUAACGCAAAGUGGUGUCACAUUGACAUGAAGUGAGUGUUGUGUGUUUUCCAGACCAUCCACUUAACAUAAUUUGAUACCAAUGGAUAAUUGUCUGACCAGAUCCACAUUAUGCUGCCAUUUUCAAAAAACAACAACGUUUUACCGUAAGCUUCUACUGUAUUUUCAGAACUGACCACAGUUUGAUUUACUGAAACUAUUAGUUCACUGAUUUACAUCCCACUAUGUUUACUCUUUGCCUUUACUUUUGGCAUUAUUAAGGUAUAAUUGCCAGAUUAUUUCCCCUUUAAGCUAUGCUGCAAAUGCAGAAGUGCGAUAAAUCAUUGGACACAUCAGUUACUCGACUGUUGAAAUGUCAGCUUUUAAUCAUCUGAUUCUUGCAUGACCCUUCAGAACCUGAUCCAAAAGAACUGCAAAACACUUACUGGGAAGUUAAUGCUUUAGCCACCUUAACUUAAUAUUAUCUCAUCGCAUGCACUCAGUCUAAACAAUAUAAAGUCAGUCAAAACAAGUGUCUCCAUGUCGGGCAUCAUCAUGUCAAGAAUAGUGAAACAGCCCCUCCACUAUGACUAAAAUACAGAUGAAUCUUAAACAACACUCAGCAGCAGCUUAUAGUGUGUACGUGUGUAAUAAUUAGAGUGGUUUGAAUGAUCAAUAAUGAAUCUGAGGAUGAGAUGCAUCUUUUUUGGUCAAUGUGCUAUGAAUUGUCCAUAAAGUUGUACGAGUUUUUCUUUAUAACAUUAGAGGGCAGCACAAGAUCAAAUUCACACUUUUUACAUGAAACGUUUUUGUAUUUGGUGUAAUCUUUAUUGCUUUUGUGUUGAUUAUUAUAUUGAAACGAUAUUUUGUUUCUGACUUUCCUUGUUAAUCGAAUUAAGUUAUAAUCAUGUAAUUUAUUUGAGAAAUAUUUAUUUUACGAGACACAAUACUUUUAAAAGAAUUUAUCUGAGUCUGAAUAAAGUGUCAACUUCCACCGUGAGAAAUGAUGCUAAGUAAGCAAACUCCUCAAUGUUACCACGUGUUCUUUACACGAGACGUAACAAUACCCACAAUCCAGAGCAUCCUCAGUAGUCCUCUGACGCUGCACUACUGGGGAGGUUAAUCCUGUGGCUUACGUCGCAUUUGCAGGCUUCUCGUAGUCAAUGCGCGAACGUGAAUGCGAGGGAGUGAAACGGGGAAACAACACGGAGUUCACAAUGGAACUGAUUCCAGUAAUCAAUUAGCAGAAAUCUUUUGUUGAGAGAACAUGUUCGUCUAAUGCAAAUAUGUCAAACUGGCGGCCCGCCGGGCCACAUCCGGCCCGCCAGAUGACUUUGCUAUUGUGAGAAUUACAUUAUAACAACGGGCCUCGCGCAUGCCCGGUCGCUUCUGCUUCUUUUAUAUCGAUUCGAUUCCCCCCCAUCCCGAUGAUUCCCUUAUUAUGAAAGGUUUAGGAAUCACCUACAUUUUUACAGUAGUACUGUUAUGUCAUUUCUGUCAUGGGAAUUGCAUGUAUUAUACAUUGUUCAUUCUGUACACAUGGCAUCCAUUGUAGUCUGUCCAUCCCGGGAGUGGGAUCCCUCCUCUGACG